AAAAAAUAUUUAGGUUAGAUUUGUAACAGAUAUAUCAAUUUUUUAUUAAAUAAAUAAUAAAAAAAAAUGUUAGGAAAUAAUAUAAAACAAGAAGCUGGUGUUGAUGUUGCACUUGCUGGUGCUGCAAGUGGUUUUAUGACAAGAUUUAUUUGUCAACCACUUGAUGUUAUCAAGAUUAGAUUUCAACUACAAGUUGAGCCAAUUUCUCAUCGUCAUUCUGGUAAAUACCGAUCAUUUUUUCAUGCUGCUGUGACAAUGUUUCAUGAAGAAGGUGUAUCCUCUCUUUGGAAAGGUCAUGUACCUGCUCAACUCUUAUCAAUAUCAUAUGGCACUAUCCAGUUUUAUACAUAUAAUAAAUUAAUGGAAUAUUCUAAAAAUGAAAAUUUACCAAAUGACUGGCAACAUGUUAGACAAUUUAUUGCUGGAGCAGCUGCAGGAAGUUUAGCAACAGUAAUGUCCUUUCCAUUUGACACGGUUAGAACACGUCUUGUAGCACAAUCAUCAAAUUCAAAAAUAUAUACUAGUCAUCUAUCCGCUUACAUAACAAUGUUGAAAAAUGAAUCAACAAAAUCAUUAUUUCGUGGUUUAUCACCAACUUUAAUACAAAUUGCACCACAUACUGGUUUACAAUUUUUUUUAUACAAUUUAUUAACAAAUAUAUGUGAAAGUUUUCAUAAUGAAAAUGAUGAUAAUACAAAAAAAAUAUUAAUAUCAAUGAUUGCUGGUAGUUUAUCUGGUUUAUUAUCAAAAACAGCAAUAUAUCCAUUUGAUCUUGCAAGAAAAAGAUUACAAAUUCAAGGAUUUGAAAAUGGUCGUAUUGGUUUUGGUAAAUUUUUUACAUGUCAUAGUUUAAUUGAUUGUCUUAUUAAAACAUUCAAAGAUGAAGGUAUAACUGGAUUAUUCAAAGGUCUAUUACCAAGUCAAAUUAAAGCAGCUUCAUCAACAGCUUUACAUUUUACAUUUUAUGAACAAGCAUUGUUACUAUUAAAACACAUUCGUUUAUAACAAAAAAAAAAAAAAAAAAAUACAACAAAUUUAA